AUUCACUGCGCAGGCGCGAAGGAGCUGGCGGGGCCCUGGCCGAGGGCGGUUUUGAAGACGCGUCGUUUGGCCUUGGAGAGGGCGACCGAGCUGUCUGGGAUCAACCUCUGGGCAGAAAGCUUUUGUUAGGGGGACUGGCUAAGAAGAAGUCAUGGUGUCCAUGACUUUCAAGCGGAGCCGCAGCGACCGGUUCUACAGCACCCGGUGCUGCGGUUGUUGCCAUGUCCGCACCGGGACCAUCAUCCUGGGAACUUGGUACAUGGUGGUAAACCUGUUGAUGGCAAUUUUGCUGACUGUGGAGGUGACUCAUCCCAACUCCAUGCCAGCUGUCAACAUUCAGUAUGAAGUCAUCGGUAAUUACUAUUCAUCUGAGCGAAUGGCUGAUAAUGCCUGUGUUCUUUUUGCCGUCUCAGUUCUUAUGUUUAUAAUCAGUUCAAUGCUGGUAUAUGGAGCAAUUUCUUAUCAAGUGGGGUGGCUCAUUCCAUUCUUUUGUUAUCGGCUCUUUGACUUUGUUCUCAGUUGCCUGGUUGCCAUCAGUUCUCUGACUUACUUACCAAGAAUCAAAGAAUACCUGGAUCAGCUUCCUGAUUUUCCCUACAAAGACGACCUCCUGGCAUUGGACUCCAGCUGCCUUCUGUUCAUUGUUCUGGCAUUCUUUGUGGUGUUUAUCAUUUUUAAGGCUUAUCUGAUCAACUGUGUUUGGAAUUGCUAUAAAUAUAUCAACAACAGAAAUGUGCCGGAGAUUGCUGUAUAUCCUGCCUUUGAAGCACCUCCACAGUAUGUUUUGCCAACCUAUGAAAUGGCUGUGAAGAUGCCUGAGAAAGAACCACCGCCUCCUUACUUACCUGCCUGAGGAUGUUCUGCCUUUAUCAAUAAACCCUAUACCAGCUUCUUGUCUUGUUUAUUUUACAGAAUGCUGCAAUACAUGUUUGAUAUGAAAUACAUUGUCUUUUUGUUUCAGCAUUUUAUUUUCAAACACUAAGGAGCUUUUGGACAUUUAUUAAAAGUCUUUGUUUUUUGUUAAAUCUAUUACAUUUUAAUACUUUCUGAAGACAAUCUAGGUUAAGCAGGAGCAAAGUGCCAUUGUACGCCUUUAAUGGGGGGGGGGAGGCAUUCUACACAUAGAUUCUUUUUAUAAAUUUCGCACUUUCUUUAUAGAAUGGUUUGUGUUUUGGUUAUUUUCCACCCUGGGUAAUUCCAGGAGUGAGUUCAGUGUUCAGGAUGAGUGAGUUGGGUAUAAGAUCUGAAGUUACAGCUAUAGAAGUAGGAAAAAUAACACUUUGACCUAGGAGAUAGUGGUUGCAUGUUUUUAAUUUGUAUGUUUCCAUUUUUGUGAUAAGAUGCUUUAAUAAAUCUCUUAAAUAUUUA